GCUGCAUGGAGCGUGUUUGAACUGUGACGAAAAAUUACACGGAACUUUCCUGCCUCGGUGUUGUCUUUAAACCGCUGUCGAGCUCGAACGCGUGCGUCUUGCUGUUGAACGUAACCGGCUCGUCUUGAGAAAGCGCGUUGCGGUGGUUCUUUAAGGAGCGGCUCUUUAGUUCGCAGGCCGCGAGCACGAGGCCUUUCAUCGCGCGCACUGACUUAACUGAAAAGAGUGCCCCCUGUUUAGAUCCCCAUCAUGGCAGAUCCAGAUCUUGAUUUCACCAGCGGAGAUGCCGGGGCUUCAACCACCUUCCCCAUGCAGUGCAGCGCCCUGCGCAAGAACGGAUUCGUGGUUCUGAAGGGUCGCCCUUGCAAAAUUGUGGAAAUGUCCACUUCUAAGACUGGCAAGCAUGGUCAUGCAAAGGUUCACCUGGUUGGAAUUGACAUUUUCUCAAAUAAGAAGUAUGAAGAUAUCUGCCCCUCCACCCACAACAUGGACGUGCCUAACACCAAAAGAAAUGACUACCAGGUGAGAUGUGCAUGGCUUUGUAAAAUUCAAGCUUUAUAGGGGGAAAUUCACAUG